CUGCCGGACUUCCACGACUACCUCAACGAGAUUGAAGACUUACAGCGAUGGAACAAGGCAGUGACCAGCACCAGCGCCUCACACGACCACGACCUUAAAGACUUGGGCGACGCCUCAAAAAUGCUCAUCAACAUAAAGGAAAACCUAAAAGUGGUCGCCCAAGAGCAGCUGAAAACCAGGAGGCAGAAUGAACAGCUGAAACUGCCCCAUGAAGUUGAGAAGCUUUGGCAUGAUGAGGUGAAGUUGCGGGAGUGGCAUUAUAUAAAGCUGACCAUGACGUUCCUGAUACAUAUACGGUUCCAGGUGGACACGGCUAUACGACUGAAAAUGGCAACUAACUCCUUCCCUGGGUACCGUAUCGGCUACCUGUUCCACCGGGUGAUGAAGAUCAAGACGCAGAUGUACAGGAUCAUGGAAGAGUGGGAAACGAUGAUAACCGUCAAAACUGGCGCACAAAGAAGCACAGCCUGAUGCUGCUCCUGCAGGUAUACGAGAGAAUGCUGCAAUUGGAUGUGGACGCCAAAGAUGCGACGGAGAUGGUCAAGGUGCAGUUCUUCGGCCAAGAGCAGUUCCAAACACACUAUGUCGUGCCUCCGAGCAAACCUUUCUCCAAAUAGAAA